CAGCGAAGUACCUCUCGCUCUCGUCCAUGGAUUCGUCUUCUUCCUCUUCUUCUUCUUCGUCUCCAACGACGUCGUCUCUGCAACUAGCCAUGGCGGCCUUGGUGGGGGCCUCACUGGUGGCCAUCUCGGCGUUCUACAUCCACAAGCGCAGCGUCGACCAGGUCCUCCAGCGCCUCAUCGAGAUCCGCCGCAAACCCUCUCGCAAUGCCGGCGACCGUUUUUCCAUCGAGUAUGACGACGAGGCAGAAGAGGAAGAGGAAGCGGAAGCAGAAGAAGAAGAAGAGCGAGACGACGACCGGGGGUACGGCUCCGACGGAGAGAUGGUGGUUGAUCGGAAAAUGCGGGGCCGGAGUUUGUCUAAGUCGCUGGACGAGAACAUGCUUCGGAGUUCUAAAAUUUCGGCGUCGUUGCCCAAUGUGGCGUCGAGGAAUGAUUGGUGGGACGAAGACCCCAAGCUUGAUCAGCCACCGGUUGGACUAAGGGCUCAAGGUUUUGCUUUCUCGCUGGACAGACUCAAUUUGAUUCCCCAGGGGCUUCCGCCUCUUCGACUGGAUCAAAGAGACGGAGAGAAUCAGUAUGUCAAGCGUUCUGGUAUUGGUACAAGGAUAGUAUCUGUUGGUAGGCUAGUGACUCCAAGAUCCCCUGCUGGCAAUGCUUUUGAUAAUGCAGGAGAUUCUGACGAGGAAGGAACUGAGCUUGCAAAUGAAGAUGACAUACUUUUUAGCUAUGGAUAUAUAGAUUCUUCAACUGAUAUCACAAAUGCACAAGAUGUAAAUUCUGACAACCACCAAAAUUUGUGCACUGUUCCAAUAAUGGGUGACGAUGGGAACUUCAUGCAAGAUAAGAUGUGCAGUCCAACAGCAAGUGAAGCAAAAGCUGGUGUAGAUCCGCUUAGCAACGGAAAGAUAGAUAAUGCUUCAGGGCACAUAGUGGGGAAUGAUCCUAAUUUUGGCAACACUAAUACUCUGAGAACAACAGUACAUGGUAUUUUCAACUUCCUUGUCCUAAAGAGUUUCAUGGAGAUCUAUGUCUCGUUUCCAUCACUUCUCUAUUUUGUUGAUGCCUGUAUUUACUGGUCAUACGUACUAUCUGUAGACCAACUCAUUGGCGUUAUUGACAUUUUUCUACUUGUUGGGUUUUUUUAA